CUUUCAUGCCACUCAGGUCAACACGAUGGCUACUUUGGAUUGCUGUUCUGCAUCGAAGCAAACUUCCAUUGCCCUGUUUCUGGAAUUCCAAGUUCGGCGACGCGCCCUUCUAAUCUCGAUGCGUUUACGAGCCAAUUUACCUGUCCCUGAGAGACCGUGUUGAAAAUGACCAAAUCUUCGGCGAAAUGCAUGAUGAAGGAAGCAUGGGGUGGGCCAGAAACCACACUGCUUUGAGGCAUCCAGUGCGUUCUUCUGGAACUGUACAGUUGAAGGGUAUAAAACAUGGGACUUGAAUAAUGUACAUGUUCCUCCACAAGUUGGUGAGGAUAAUGCAGUUUACAAAAGAAGAGCUGGUACGGCUGUGAGGUUAUAUUAGCCGUCAGUGCCUCAGGCGUUGGCGGCUCACUGAAGGACUGAGACAUAAUAAUAUUGGGCUUACACAAGGAAUAUAAUAAUGUGAACAGUAUAUUUACUCACAAAUUGUAGAUUGCGCAAUUCAAUGCGGGAUUCCCCAUAAUCAUCCACAUAAAAUUAUUAAAAGAGGUGAAUGAUAGCGUCGAUAGCGUGUGUCGCGGGCCGCUCGGUCUCAGCAAUUCUGUGAACUCUGUCAGUCACUCUCAAGUAAUUGCUCUGGAAACACCCCGGAUUAACCCCAAAUGAUCCCAGAGUCAACGUUUCCUAAGUCCACGAGGCGCCGAAAUGCAUCAAGAAGACAUAGAGGGAAGAUCCCAACCACAGAACAAUGCCAACGAGUCAACCCCUCUGCUCGGUGACCGCUCCUCCGCACCACCGCACAAAGGCGCCGGCUAUACUGUCGCUGAAGACACGGAGUCCGAUGCGGACGACGAUACGGCCGUCCUUGGGCUCGCGAGAGUCAGUUCGAUCUCUCAAGGCGUUGAGGUCGGGCCGGACCUGGAAAGCAUCGCACCGACUGCCGCAGCGUGCGAUGUUCGAGAGACUUCAGACGAGGGAGAUGACUAUGCUUCUCGAUUUAUCAAUGUAUCUCCAGUCAGGUUUUGGCUGAUUUUCUCUGCCAUCUUGCUGGGAUGCGUCAUUGGAUUUUUCGACUCGACCAUCAUGGCGUCCAGCCAUCCUGUUAUUACCUCCUACUUCCAUGCUUCCAAUGCCGCCUCGUGGCUCUCCACAGCUUUCCUAUUAACCUGUACCGCGUUCUCUCCUCUCUUCGGACGCGUGUCGGAUACCCUGGGCAGGAGACCGGUGUUCCUGUUCGCAAUUUUCAUCUUUUUUGUCGCUACGGCGUGGUGUGCGGCCGCUCAAAGCAUCGGUAGCUUUAUCGCCGCCAGAGGUCUCUGUGGGCUCGGUGCUGCCGGCGUCUUUUCCAUGGGCAUGAUCCUCUCCAGUGACAUGGUCCGGAUAGAGUAUCGCGGCAUCUAUCAGUCAUACAUCAACCUGUUCCUCGGCUUUGGCGGCUCCAUGGGUCUCGCAUUUGGUGGGUUCCUGUGCGACCAGGUAGGAUGGAGAGGCGCAUUCCUCGUGCAGCUCCCCUUCAUCCUUCUUUAUUUCAUCAUCGCCGCUUUGACCGUCCCCGCCGAUAUGGGACUAGUGAGGCCCAAGUCCGAACGUAUGACCUUAUCCGAGUUGAUCAGAAAUGUCGACUUGACCGGUUCCUGUAUCUUGGUUGUCGGCGUCACGGCAUUGAUUAUGGGACUGAACCUUGGUGGAAACGUCUAUAGCUGGGGCCAUCCCAUCGUCAUCACAUCCCUGGUUGCUUUCUGCGUCUUGGCCGUCUUCUUCAUCAGCUACGAACGGCACGUGGAAAGGGCAGUGAUGCCAGUGGAACUGUUGUCGAAGAACCCUCGUGCAGGUCUGAUUUUCGGAAACUUCUUUGGUUGCAUCUCCGUCAACACCGUCUUUUUCAAUGCCCCGUUGUAUUUCCAAGCUGUUAAAUUGGCAAGCCCAACCGACUCGGGUCUCAGAAUGGUUAUGGCUACUAUAGCCGUCACUGGCUCCAGCGUCUUCACAGGCUUCUUGAUCACUUGGACGAAACGCCUCAAGCCAGCUGUGAUAUUGGGUGGGGCGUUCCUUUUGCUGGGUGGCCUUGCUGCAGGAUCGAUGGAUAUCGACACCCCGGAAGCAGUAGCGAUGACCUUCCUGUCCCUAUCGAGUCUCGGACAGGGUUUUUCGUUUCCGUCCGUGACGGUUGCGACUCUUGCUACUAGCAAACAAGAGGAACAGGCCGUGGUCACAACGACUCUGGGCCUGUGGAGAAACCUGGGAUCGAUAAUGGGAGUGGCCAUUAGCAGUUGGAUCUUUCAGAAUACCCUCUUUUUCCGACUGGAGGAGAUGGUGACGGAGCCGGACAAGGAGUCCAUCGUUCUUCUCGUACGCAAGUCGGUCCGUGCUAUAGUGACAUUGGAUCCGAUGCAUCAACGCCAAGUGAUCGGUGCUUAUGCGGCAGCACUCCGUACUACGCUCUUCUCGGCGGCCAUCUGGGGGGCUGCUAUGCUCUUCUUACAUCUCGGGGUGCGAUUGCCACGACUAGGCAGAAAGGCUUAGAGAAGAUCAUCUCUCACAACUAUCCGGUGCUGACGAGAAAGACUAUCGGAUGUGCUGGUGGAUACGCAUCACGGAAUUCCUGGAAAAUGAAGGAAGGAUAUAUUGCCUUCGAACCACAAUGAUGACACUGAUGAAACAGCAUGUGAAUACAAAUUUAUAUACUUAUGACACAGCACAUACGGAAUGAAUAGACACUGAGAUAUCAAAGGUAUGGAUGGAUUUUCCAUCCUCGUAGGUAACCAGUCUUGAAUAAUCAAGGGGAUAUCAUUCAGUCUUGCAAAUUCCCAAAAUAGGUUUACUACAAGGCGUAAAAGGAGACUCCCCAUACGAGGACGACUUGUUCAAGGGGGUUUGCGUCGAGGGACGGAUACUU